AUGUCGAGGGGAAGAGCAAUUAUGAAGGAGAAUGCAACUUAUAAAGUUGAAACCAUAUCACGUGUGUAUGCUGAUGUCAAUGAGAAACGUGGUCCAGCUUGGUACGAAAGUGAAAACUGGAAAUUACCAACAGUUCCUCCAGAUGGCUAUGAAAUCGGAGAAUGGAUUGGUACAGGAAAGUAUAGUGAUGUAUUUCUUGGUUACAAGGGCGAUAAGAAAGUCGCUCUUAAAGUAAUGAAACCUGUUCGUCCUCAAAAAUACAAUCGUGAAGCAAAAAUAAUGUUAAACCUGAAAGAUGGAACAAGCAUUGUUAAGUUACUUGAUAUAGUGCAAACAGAAGAUUCCAAACGUUACAUUUUUGUUCAAGAAUACGUUGAAGCUGUUGAAUUUAACCUUUUAUACCCUAAUUUCACAGAUAACGAGGCACGCAUAUAUCUUUAUCAACUACUUCGUGCCCUGGAGUAUGCCCACUCAAGAGGAAUCAUGCAUCGCGAUAUAAAACCACAAAACGUCUUAUAUGAUCCCACGACCAAGAAACUUCGCCUGAUUGAUUGGGGCUUGGCGGAGUUCUACCACCCAGGAACUCAUUACAAUAUUCACGUCGCUUCGAAACAUUUCAAACCUAUUGAGCUUCUUGUCGAUUAUCAAUGCUACGACUAUUCGAUUGACAUGUGGGGAUUCGGAGUCACAAUGCUUGGUAUCAUUUUUGGCAAAACUCCUUACUUUAGAGGCUCAGAUGAUUAUGAUAUGGUAUCGAAGAUCGUUGGAUUACUUGGACGCAAUGAUUUUGAUGCUUACGUAAAGAAAUACGGAAUCCAGCUCCCAGAAGCUUUAAUUAGAAGUCUUCCGAAAAAUCCAAACCGCAAAGACCUUCAUACGAUCGCUUCAAAGGCUCCAAGAGGACUUAUUAACAAUGAGUCAAUCGAUCUCAUCGAUCGCUGCCUUCGUUACGACCACAUGGAGCGUAUUUCCGCUGAAGAAGCCCUAAAGCAUCCUUACUUCGACUCGAUCAGGUCUCUCAAGUUGCCAUAA